AUGUAUGCUGAUGAUGUGAAACUCUUUGAUGUGGUGAAACCUGGUCUGGGGCAUGUGGCUUUGCAGGGCUCACUUGACAGGAUUGAUGAAUGGUGCCUCAAUAAUGGUAUGGCCUUGAAUGAUGCCAAGUGUGUCAUGAUGUCUUUUAGGCGUGGAUCUAACGUACUUGACUUCCAGUACUUUUUGAGGGGUGCUCCAUUGAAGAGAGUGUUGAAAUUCAAGGACUUGGGCGUUGUUAUGAGUCCUUCUCUUAGUCCAUUGGAACAUAUUUGUGGUAUGACGUCUAGAGCUGGGUCUUUGCUUGGUUUCAUUUUCAGGUCCUCAAGAGAUUUCAGAUCUCUUUAUAGCCUCUUGGUCCUGUUUAGGGCUCUGGUUCUGCCUGUCCUGGAGUAUGCAUCGGUUGUCUGGUCGCCUUAUCAUCAGUAUCAGAUAGAUCAGCUGCAUAGGGUGCAGAGGCGAUUUGUAAGAAUGCUUGGCUGUAGGAUGGGAUUUGCCUACUUUGAUGUUUCUGUGAUGGAAUUGGAGAAUCGUUUCGGACUCUUACCUUUGGCUCAAAGGAGAAGACUCAAUGAUCUGGUGCUUCUUUUUAAGUUGGUGAAUGGGACAUUGGACUGCCCUGAAUUACUGGCUGGCAUUGAUAUUUGUGCUCCACGAGGGACCCGUUCCAGGACCAUUUUCCGCAGAUGCCUUCAUACUACUGCCUAUACCUAUAACAGUGGACUGUCUAGGAUAUUACGAUCGGGCUGUGAGGCUGCUGCAGCUGGAAUAGAAUUCUUUGGUGUGUCUGCUAUGGCUUUCAAGGGAGCGGUUUUACAGCUGGGUCUAUAG